CCAACUCUCCAUCGUGUCAAUAAUUUGGCAUGGAGAAUUUGAUGAUGAUGAAGAACCAAACCAGAAUGUCUCCUCCAACACCAUCAUCACUGUCCAUCCACAAGGAUUCACAAACAAUAUCGAAGGCAAAGCCGAAGAUACGCAUAAUCCACAUAUUUGCACCAGAGAUCAUCAAGACUGAUGUCGCCAACUUCAGAGAACUGGUGCAAAGACUCACCGGAAAACCUCCUCAAUGCAAAAAGAAACCGAAAAAAGGCGACAAGCCGGUGGCCGCCGAGAAAAUGGAGGCGAGAAUCGCAGGCUCCGAAACUGCAGGGAGGGUUAAGGUAGAAGAUGAAGAAAGUAUGUGGGGGAGUUCAGGUGGUUUCUUAAGUGAUUUGGAUGGAUAUAUUCAGGAGCUUGCUGGUGAAUUUCCUUUUGAUCCUUCUCAUCUCAUGCAUGGAUUUCAAGAAACUCAAUUACUUGCAUAGUUUGAUU